AUGUAUUGUUCUGCUGAAUGCCAUAAGCGCGUCACUUGUCGAACAUUUGAUUUUGAUGCUGAUUCUUUACAAUGUCGUUUAUGGGAAAUGGAUACAACAACAGGUUCGAUUGUUGCAUCACCAUCAAAACCACGAUCAUCUGUUGGUUCAAUUCAACUCUCUCCUAAUAACUAUGUCAACAUUCACAAUCGGUCAUGCAGUCAUUGUGAUCAAAGUCGUUAUGAAAUAUGUAAUGUGAACAGUUCAACUUGUCAAUGUCCACCAUUCACAUAUUGGAAUAAUGGAAUGUGUAUGACACAAUUAUUUCAAGGUCAAAUAUGUUCAAAUGCAUUUGCUUGCCGGACGGAUCUUAAUCUUUCAUGUCAACCAGGUUGUGAUUUUACUUAUCGAUGUUCUGCUUCUCCAACCGCAGGUAUUGGUCAGACUGUUGCUGGUUUUUGCAAUGGCAGUACAGAUGCAGGUACACUCGGCGUGAUGGGACCUUGGGGUAUCUAUGUUUCACCAUUCGAUGGAAUCUUAUAUGUAAGCAAUUAUGAUGUGCCACGAUUUCAAUCAUUUUUACCAUUUUCACGUAUUGGAUCUACGAUUCUCUCUAACGGACUCAGUGCGCCUGAGGAUAUAUUUGUUGACAGUUCACACAACAUAUACAUGUCUGAUUACACUAUUAAUCAAGGUAUAAUGUACAUUCAACGACCAGGAAUGAAUCUCACAAGUUUUCCACCAAUAGGUCGAUCAAACAUAAACUGUUCUCUAAUAGGAUUAUAUGAAGUUAUUGGUGUAGUAGUUGAUCAAUCCGGUAAUAUUUACGCAUCAUUGCCUACUUGCUAUGCGAUCGUAAAAUGGGUACCAAAUAGUACGACCGGUAUACUUGUUGCUGGAAACUUAGGACAUAGUGGCACAAAUAGUAAUUCAUUAGAUUGGCCUCGAUUUAUGCAUUUAGAUGAAGAUCGAGCAGCCUUAUAUGUCGCCGACAGUGAUAACAAUCGCAUCCAGAAAUUUAUAAUAGGUGGCAACGGAACAGGAAUAACAGUAGCAGGUGGGAAUGGAGCAGGAUCGCAUCUUAACCAAUUUAGUAUUCCUACAGGCGUUUGGGUCACGCGUAAUGGUCAAACCCUUUAUAUUGCUGAUAGUAACAAUAACCGUGUUAUGCGAUGGAAUAUUGGAGAUACACAAGGAUCGGUGGUAGCCGGCAGUGCAAGUGGUAUUGCGGGUAGUACCAAUAAACUUCUUUCGUAUCCAGGUGAUGUGGCACUUGAUCCUACUGAAACAUAUUUAUAUGUUUCUGACUAUUAUAAUAACAGGGUGCAACGAUUUCUUCUUCAAUGA